UAAGUUUUAAAAUGAUUUAAUGAUGCUACAACACCCAUGGCAUAAAGAAAUGUAAAUGUUUGUAUAACUUAACCUCUAAGGUAUCUUCCAAUACUAAUAUUCAUAAAUUUAAACAUUCUUUACAUAAUAUACAAUAACCUAAACAUCACAAAAUUAUUCACAUUUCUAGAGAAUUAAACUCAUUCUAAUAUAUAUGGUUCCUGAUGGCUCCUCCCCAAAAUAUUAGUAUUCUCCUAAUACUAAACACUUAAGUAAUAUUUGGGAGCCCUGGUGGUGCAGUGGCUAAGAGCUCGGCUGCUAAUCAAAAGGUCAGCAGUUGGAAUCCACCAGCUGCUCCUUAGGAACCCCAUGGGGCUGUCUUAUUGUGUCAUAUAAGUAAUGUUUGUGUUUUGAAAACACUAUUGAUAACUUUUAUGUGGUGGGGGGAAUUAUAUAUUAAUUUCAUGUAUAUUUUUAGUCUUCUAUACUUUGGAACCCUGGUGGCAUAGUGGUUAACAGCUUGGCUGCUAACCAAAAGGUCAGCAGUUCGUAUCUACAGCUGCUCCUUGGAAACCCUAUGGGGCAGUUCUGCUCUGUCCUUUAGGGUUGCUAUGAGUUGGAAUCAACUGGAGGGCAAUAGGUUUUUUUUGUUUUUUUAUAGUUACAUUUAAGGAGCUCUGGUGGUGCAAUGGUUAAUCGCUCACCUGCUAACAGAAAAGUCAGAGGCUGUUUGAAUCCACCCAAAGCUCCACGGGAGAAAAGACGUAGUGAUCUGCUCCCCAAAAGAUUAAACCAAACCUGAUUCUGACUAGGAAUCCCUAUGGGGCAGUUCUGUCAUUGGGGUUGCUAUGAGUUGAAAUCAACUCUACGGCACACUGCAACAACAUAGUUUUGUUUAGGAUGAUAAAUAAUUUUACCUAAGCUAAGUUAAAAAAAAACCCAAACCAAACCCAAUGCCAUUUGACUCAUAGCGACCCCAUAAGACAGAGUAGAACUGCCCCAUACAGUUUCCAAGGAGCGCCUGGCGGAUUUGAACUGCCGACCCUUUGGUUAGCAGCCGUAGCACUUAACCACUAUGCUACCAGGGUUUCCAAGCUAAGUGGAGUGUAGUAAUUAAAUAUUAAACUACUUUGAAUACUUUUUAAAUUAGCUACUCUGGGUUUAAAUGAAGGAGCCCUGGUGGCACAAGGGUUGAUAAGGUAACAGAAACCACAGCUGCUCCCCAGGAGAAGAGACUUCAUGAAGAUUACACACUAGGAUACCCUCUGGGGCAGUUCUGUCAUAUAGGGUCAUCUAGGGUCACACUUGAGUUGGAAUCAUACAACAACAGGUUUAAACGACUGUCAUAUGUAUAUGUUUAAGCUGUUGUGAACCCAUUAACUUCUGUAUGUAAUCAGUUCUUUCUCUAUAGUACUUUUGUUAAAGCUUUUAAAGAAUGUUUUAGUAUAUGGCAUAAGGGAAGGGUAAAAAUAUCCCUUUAUCUAUUUUCUUCUUCAAGAGGACAUGUAAGUUUCUGUGUAGGAGUUUUGAUAUUAACAUUCUAAACUCCAGGAACAAAUGAUAAAAUUUUGAUGAAAUAAUUUGCUAUUAGGUCUUGUGUAAGUUCUGUUGAGACACAUUCCCAUCUAUAUUAUUAGUAAGCUCAAAAACUCCAAUGUACAAGGAAUAUUAAAUAAGAGGAGGAAUACUGACAGGAAUUUAGUAAGAUAAUGGCAAUGACAAGUUAGGGUGGUAGUUAGGUUGGAGAUUUUUUUUUUUUAAUUGUACUUUAGAUGAAGGUUUACAGAGCAAAUUAGUUUUUCAUUAAAUAAUUAAUACACAUAUUGUUUUGUGACAUUGGUUGCUAAUCCCAUGACAUGUUAACACUCUCACCCUCUCGACCUUGGGUUUCCCGUUACCAGCUUUCCUGUCCCCUCCUGCCUUCUUGUCCCUGCCCCUGCACUGGUGUGCCCAUUUAGUCUCAUUUUGUUUUAUGGGCCUGUUUAAUCUUUGGCUGAAGGGUGAACCUCAGGAGUGACUUCAGUACUGAGUUAAAAGGGUGUCCGGGGGCCAUACUCUCAGGGCUUCUCCAGUCUCUGUGAGACCACUAAGUCUUUUUUUGUAAGUUAGAAUUUUGUUUUACAUUUUACUCUAGUUCUGUCCAGAUCUGUCUAUUGUGAUCCCUGUCGUAGCAGUCAGUGGUGGCAGCUGGGCACCAUCUAGUUGAGCUGGACUCAGUCCGGUAGUAAAAAAAAAAAUAAAAAUUUUUUGAGGCUGUGGUAAUUGUAAUCCAUUACUCCUUUGGACUAGUCUUUUCCCUUGUGUCUUUGGUUUUCUUCAUUCUCCCUUCCUCCAGAUGGGGCAGGACUGGUGGAUUAUCACAGAUGGCCACUCACAAGCUUUUAAGACCCCAGAUGCUACUCACCAAAGUACCUAUGGAGUUGUGUAUAAGGGUAGACACAAAACUACAGGUCAGAUUGUAGCCAUGAAGAAAAUCAGACUAGAAAGUGAAGAAGAAGGGGUUCCUAGUACUGCAAUUCGAGAAAUUUCUCUGUUAAAGGAACUUCGUCAUCCAAAUAUAGUCAGUCUUCAAGAUGUGCUUAUGCAGGACUCCAGGUUAUAUCUCAUCUUUGAAUUCCUUUCCAUGGAUCUCAAAAAAUACUUGGAUUCUAUCCCUCCUGGUCAGUUCAUGGAUUCUGCACUUGUUAAGAGUUAUUUGUACCAAAUCCUACAGGGCAUUGUGUUUUGUCACUCUAGAAGAGUUCUUCACAGAGACUUAAAACCUCAGAAUCUACUGAUUGAUGACAAAGGAACAAUCAAACUGGCUGAUUUUGGCCUUGCCAGAGCUUUUGGAAUACCUAUUAGAGUAUAUACACAUGAGGUAGUAACUCUCUGGUAUAGAUCUCCAGAAGUAUUGCUGGGGUCAGCUCGCUAUUCGACUCCAGUUGACAUUUGGAGUAUAGGCACCAUAUUUGCAGAAUUAGCAACUAAGAAACCACUUUUCCAUGGGGAUUCAGAAAUUGAUCAACUCUUCAGAAUUUUCAGAGCUUUGGGUACUCCCAAUAAUGAAGUGUGGCCAGAAGUGGAAUCUUUACAGGACUAUAAGAAUACAUUUCCCAAGUGGAAACCGGGAAGCCUAGCAUCCCAUGUCAAAAACUUGGAUGAAAAUGGCUUGGAUUUGCUCUCGAAAAUGUUAGUCUAUGAUCCUGCCAAACGGAUUUCUGGCAAAAUGGCACUGAAUCAUCCAUACUUUAAUGAUUUGGACAAUCAGAUUAAGAAGAUGUAGCUUUCUGACAAAAAGUUUCCAUGUGUUGUAUCAAAAACAGAUAGUCAUACUUUUACUGUUAACUCUGUCUAUUUUUGUCUUGUGUACUUUUCUUUGUUGUAAAACUCAAGCUGUACUUCAUCUUCUAAUUUCAAAAGUGUAACUUAAAAAUGUAAAUAUUGUUCUAUAUGAAUUUAAAUAUAAUCUGUAUAUGUGUGUAGAUAUCCCUGUAACAACUGUUGGUUACUGCAAUAAAAUUAUAAAUCUAGUAUUGAUGUCAGGAAUCAAGACAAAUUUGAGUUGGCUUAAAUCAUCUCAAUCCGUACGGCAGUCCUGUUUUCCUGGAGUUUCACAAGUUGGAGCUAGUAAAAUUUAGGAGAAUGUGUUCACAAGUUCAAGUUUAUAAUGCUCUGAAGUAUUUUUAUGCUCUGAAUGUUAAAUUUUCAUGUCAGUUUCUUUCCAUGUGGUAACUGUACAACCUGCCUAAAGAAUUUAUUUCUAUUGGCAUUUCAGUUUGGGACCAUUUAUGUUUAAGCAUUCAGAAUGAGAAAACUAUCCAGAUAUGGGAAAUGAUGCUAAAUUUGUAGGAGUUAGUUCGGUGAAUAAUAAAACCAACUCAAGGAAUGCCAAAGUUUUUUUCCAAGUUUUACUGUCAAAGAUCAAGGUCUGUCUACAGCAGGGAAGAACAAUUUUGAAAAUUUAUGAACUACCCUAUUUUUAGUUAGGUUACAAAAGCUAUUUGUCUAAGUGAAUUCUCACGCAUUGGUCAGAGGUAAUAACUAUAUGUAGGAGUUGCUUAUCUUGGUUUCAAAAGUCUGACUUAAAACUAUUUGCAGGUUUUGGCAUAGUGUUUAUUAACAGCCUUUAAAAAGAUUCGAAGCUACAAGUGUUAGCUGAAACCACUAGCCUCAGGAAUUAAAUUGUUUUAUAAUGCUGCUCGUUGUGAUUCUGACCUAUAAGGAGCCUAUUUUAAAUUAUAAGCAGCCUAUUUUAAAUUAUCUGCUAAAGUUGAGAAAUGUCUAUAAAAAUAAUUCAUUGGUGUGUACGCCUCUGUUCCCUCUAUUUUUCUUCCUGGUUACAUGUGGCUAGAAUGGGUAUUCUUGUGUUGAUUCUUAGACCCAAUUGAUUAGGUAUGUAUGGGUGAUCUACCUGAUUCAUGUUAAUCAAAUCCCUUCUCUUGGACUUUGCCCUCUGUAGGCAAAAGUGUGGGUUAGUCUCUUGACCAUAGGUAUAUAAAACGUGAGGUUUUAGCUGUAUGGUCCUAGGGUAUUUAAUGGAAGCCAGUCUGUGAUAAGAGAAUGCAGAGCCUGGAUGGACAAUGAAGUAGUUUGGGGCUGGAUUGUGGAGUCCUGUUAAGAUAAUUGUAGUGGGAAUUUGGUAAAUAAAAGGUCACGAAAAAGAUUUGAGAGGCUGGUGGCAAUGGCAUGGCAGUCACUACUUCUGAUUUUGUGUCUUUGGGCAAAUCAAUACCUACAGACUUGUGUUUCCACUGCUCAAGUGAGUUGUUGAACUAGAUCUGGUUUUCAAAUUGUGGAUUGUAAUCCUUUACUGGUUCAGGACCAGCACUCACCAAAAAAAAAAAGAAGUUCAGUAGAAAUUGACAGUGCAUCCUAUGUAGUUAAAUAUACUAUCUUGACUUCAAGAUAAUUUUUGUUUCGGUAAUAUAUACAUCCAUGUGUGUUACCAAUGUUUGCAGCCUUGUGAAUAUGGUACAGAAGCAGUAUGCAACCUCACUGCCCUUGAGGCAUGGAAUCAGAAUUGUUUGAAAAUAAUAAUGCAUCAAUUUAGAACGGACUUGGUUAUCCUACUAUUCAUCCUGCUCCAAGUAUUUGUGUACUAUUUGUGUAGAGUGUAUCAAUUCAGUGACUAGAUGAAAAGGCUACUGAAUUGGGGUUUCAUGCAUAUUAUUUGUGCUAUGGUGCUUCUAAUUAAUUUUUAAGUGCAAGUUGUCUUUAGGGCCAUGGUUCUUAAUCUGUUGUACACUAGAAACACCUGGGGGCUAACUGUUGCCUUGCCCUGAACAAAUGAUUUUGAAAUUGGGAAAUGUACCCCAGGAAUCUAUGUUUCAAAAGCUUCACUAGGUGAUCCUAACGUAGCCAGUUAUCACCAGUUGGUGAUGAGUUUUAACAACUUUAGGACCUAUAUCUGGUUUUAAUUGUCUUAAAACUUAGGUUAUUUAUCAGCCUCAGAAAUGCAAUAUACCUGUUCUAUUUUUGUUUCAGUCUGUACUCUUUUUAGUUGGGGAGAAAGAUCUAUAUUUCAUCACCAAUGUAAGGUUUUCAUAUAGUUGCUCAUAACACCGCUCUAGAGGAA